AUGAAGGCCCCUACAGUAUCUGCAAUUCUCGCAGUAGCAACUCUGAGGUCUUGCGCACUUGCCAUAAUCACGCUCCCCAUGGCCAGAAUUCCUCAAGACAGUUCACAGCUCAGACGACGAGAUUCAAUCACCGAAAUUCUUGGCAACAAUGAAACUGGGGGGUGGUACACAGCGGAGGCUUCUGUAGGCACUCCUGCACAAAAGAUCACUUUCCAGAUCGAUACAGGAAGUAGUGAUGAUUGGGCAUUAUCUUCCACUGCGGAUUUAUGUACCGAUGCUGCGCUCCAAAGACAACUACGGGGUAGAUGUGUAUCUCCUUUCGAAGCAAAGAAAUCUUCUACUUUCAAAGUCUCUCAUAAGAAUGGAUUCAGCAUACAAUAUGUGGAUAAAGAGGGGUCAUCUGGCGACUAUAUUCAAGACAAUUUUGCAAUGGGCGGGGCUACUAUUAAGGGCUCGAAAUGGGAAUUGCUUACAACACUACUGUAA